AUGAGCUCAGCACUUCGAGGACCGGUGCCUUCCUUUCACCUGCUGCGCUUCUUGCGAUCCCAGGCCGAACACGCCUCGACAGGCUCCCGAUGCACCAUCACAUCAUGCUCCAGACAGAGCUCGCCAACACCACGACGACCGCCAAGAUGCCUCGCCAGGCUGGAGACCCGACGCCCGAUUUCCACAGCAUGUGGCCUUCUCGCCAGCCGGCCCCUGCGGUUACGAAUACAAGCAUCAGUACAGACACAGUCUACACAGAUCAAUGCCACGGCAGGCCUGCCAGCAGCGACAUGCUUCAGCACAACAAGCACGCGCCGGGAGAAGCAGGUCGACGACGCUGGCAAGACCGAGAGGGCACCCUUGUGGAAGGAGAAGCUCUGGGGCGUCGGUGCCAGGCGUGGUGCCAAGCCGCUCCAGCCCACCGACCUACCGACCCACGACGAAGUUGGCGACGGCAGCUCCAUGUUCAACUACCGCCGUAUCCUCACGGCCAAGGCCGCCUCGGAACCCCGUCUGCGGUGUACCGAGGUGGACGAGGACGGCGAGGUCAUCCUCCUCGACGGCGAGUUCAAAAAGACGGAGCUCAUUGCCAAGUACGGCUUGCUGCCUCGCGAUCUGCGCAAGAUUGACUCCUCCAACCUUCCCCACAUCCUCGUCCGCCCGUCGGCCAUCCUCCUGAAACCUGCUCCACCUCAAGGUCCUUCAUCAAGAAGGACGCGCCUCCUCUUUGACAUUUACGGCUGCAAGACGUCGUACCCGCAGUCGGCCUUCAUGUACGACCUCCAGGGCAAGCUCAAACAAAAGAUCCCCCAGGGCGGCGGCGGCGUCGGUGCCGCCGCCGGCCUACCCUACGAGUUCCGCGCCCUCGAGGCCGUCCUGACCUCGGUCACGUCCGAGCUCGAGGCCGACUUUGAGGCUGUGCGCGACCCCGUCAUCCGCAUCCUCAGCGAGCUCGAGGACGACAUUGACCGCCACAAGCUGCGCGUGCUGCUGAUCCUGUCCAAGCGCGUCAGCACCUUUGAGCAAAAGGCCAAGCUCGUGCGCGACGCCAUCGAGGAGCUGCUCGAGGCCGACGACGACCUCGCCGCCAUGUACCUCACCGAAAAGGCCCACGACCUGUACCGCGGCGAGGACGACCACACCGAGGUCGAGCUGCUGCUCGAGUCGUACAACAAGCUGUGCGACGAGAUUGUGCAGGAGGCGCAGAAUCUUGUGUCGAGCAUUCGCAACACCGAGGAGAUGUAG